AUGGACAAACUAGUCAAUGAAAUGAAAUCCAACGGUGAUGACAUAAAGGAGGGAGAUGUUGUGGAGAAAACUAUAUGCACUAUUUCAAAUCGUUUUGAUUACGUAGUAACAGCAAUUGAAGAAGGAAAAGAUGUCACCACAAUGACUUUAAAUGAUUUUAACCAUUUAAGUGGGAAUAACGAACUAUUUAGUAACUUAGAUGAGAGUUUUCGCAGCAUAGUCAAGCUCGGUGAUAAUUCAAAACUUCAAGUUUUGGGAAAAGAAAAGAUUGCCAUCAGAUUGAAGGAUGGAUCUUUGAAUUAUAUUUAUGAUGUAUUCUAUGUACCUAAUACAUGUUAUAUUCUCUUAAACAUUGGACAACUUGCUGAGAAAGGAUAUGAUUUAAACUUCAACAAAAGAGGCUACACUGUCAAUGACACUGAGAUGAGCCUCAUAGCAAAUACAAGCAUGUCAAGGAAUCGUCUAUUUCCAAUGAACAUCGAGUAUGGUGCUAAUAUGUGUUGCAAAACUAUAGUUAUUGAAGAUAAUUGGCUUUGGCACAUGUGUCUUGGACACUUCAACUUUGAAAGCAUAAAGUUUCUUGCAAAUAAGAAAUGGGUUACUGGCUUGCCUGUUAUCCAAGUUCCUAAUCAACUAUGUGAAGCUUGUGUAGUUGGAAAGAAGCAUCGAUAUCCUUUUCCUAAAGGGAGUGCAUGGAGAGCUACAAAACCACUUGAGCUUGUGCACUCUGAUUUAUGCUAUGUGGAAGUACUAUCUAAUAGAGUGACUUGUACAGUAUACCUUUUAAAUAGGUGUUCAGUGAAAAGUAUACGUGAUAAAACUCCACAAGAUGCUUGGAGUGGGCAAAAGCCAAAUUUGAGUAACUUGAAAGUUUUUGGUUGUAUUGCUUAUGCACAUGUUCCUGAUCAACUGAAGAAGAAGCUUGAUGACAAGGCCGAAAAGUGCAAAUUUUUAGGAUAUAAUGAAGAAACAAAAACCUACAAAUUGUACAAUCCAGAAACUCAAAAGGUAGUCAUCAGCAAGGAUGUUGCCUUUGAUGAAGAUGGAUCAUUGGAUUGGUCAGAAAAGAAAAAAGAGUUGUUGCAUGUACCAGUUACUAUAAAUGAAGAAGUAGAUGAUAAAGUUAAUGAACCAUCCACUGUACCAACAUUUGAUGAACUAUCCACUGAACCAACACAAGACUCACCACCUCGUAGAUAUCCACAACGGGAACGUCACCCACCUCCUCACUUGAAAGAUUAUGAAGUUGGUCAAUAUCAUGAUCUUGAUAAUAUGGAAGAAGAAAUUACUUAUUAUGCCUUAUUUGCUGAUUGUGAUCAUGUGACACAUGAGGAAGCAGCCAAUAAAGAUUGUUGGAUGAAAGCAAUGGAUGAAGAAAUUCAUGCAAUUGAGAAAAAUAAUACAUGGGAGUUAACUAUACUUCCAGAAGGAAAGAAGCCAAUUGGAGUCAAGUGGGUGUACAAAACUAAGUACAAUCCAAAAGGAGAAGUAAAUCGCUUCAAAGCACGGUUAGUAGCAAAAGGGUACAAACAAAAACCCGACAUUGAUUAUUUUGAAGUUUUGCUUCAGUUGCUAGAAUGGACACGGUACGCAUGA